GUAUAGAGGAUAAGAACCUUUACAGAAAGACAUCACUGCACUUUUGCAAAACGCAGUUGAAAUUCCCAGCCGAUGUCCCAUAUUUCACCUCUUGGAAUCCCCAUAUUUUUUAUCAUGAUUUUUCCCAUCCUUCAUAUGAAUUUCCUUGAAGUCCAAAGAGUCCCUAUGCCUAGACAAGGUCACGCCUGGAUAUAUAAAUCUUGAGGAAAAAGCAAGCAAUCAUAAAGAGGAAGGAACCCCUUGUGACAGAACAAUCGUUCAGACCCAUGGCUCCUUCUGUGAUCUGCUGUACACUUCUACAACUUUUCCUUCUGGUCAGAGCUAAUGACAUCUUAACGAUAAAUCCUCAGAACCCAAUUGUGCCGCUUGGAGGGUCAAUAAAACUAAAUUGCUCCAUUAAUAGUCCUUUGUGUACUACUAACUGGAAGGGGCUUGACACCAACCUUGGCGGUGUGUAUACGGCUCCUGGUUAUAGCGUCCUGACCAUACAAAAUGCCAGUAUCUCUAUGGAAGGCACCAAAAUCUGUGUUACAACCUGCCCUGCCCCUGGUCGCAGCAAGAAUUCGCAAAAGAGUGUGUCUCUUCAAGUAUACGCUCUCCCAGAAACUCUGCUUCUGAGCACCAGCACAACAAACGGCAAUUCCUAUCUGCACUGUUUAAUGAAAGGAAUGCAUCCUAUGGUUGACAUUGAUGUGCAAUGCUAUAAAAAUUCCAAAAAGUUGGGCAGCUAUUCUGAUGAUAUUACUUCUGAUGACGAGUUGGAUAUACAUAAUAUCACCUGGAGCUGGGAGAUCAGCAAUGAAGAUUUGAAGUCCCAGACUUUAUACAGGUGUGAAGCAGGACUUUCUAUAGGUGAACGGACAUUCAGAAGAGUGGGGAUACUGGAGAUACCUAAAGAAGCGGGGACCACUGAUACUUUGGCUAGAACAGUGACCGAUGCUGAAAUACGAUACGAUACUGAAAACCAAAACACAUCUAUGACUACAAGAACACCCAAAACAUUUUCUACAACCACAGAUCUCACAACUUUAUACACAAGAACCCCCAAAAAGUGGACACCAUCAUCUCCAUCUACAUCUAGCAGUGUCACCACACACAAACCAUCCCCUACUUCAGACACAGUGAGGGCCACUGAUGCUUUGGAUACAACAAUAACUUAUACUGAAAACCAAAACAUGACAACAUUUUCUACAAGCACAGAUUCCACCACAACUGUGUACACAGGAACCCCCAAACAGAAGACUCCAUCACCUCCAUCUACAAUGUUUAUCAGUCUCACCCCACGCAAAGAGCUCUCUACUCCAAACACAGAUCCUUUGGCUGUAACAGUGACAAAUACUGAAAACCAAACCACAGUUAUGACCACAAGAACACCAACAACACAGAGGACACAAUCAUCCCCAAUUUCAUCUACUGGGUUUAGCAGCCCCACCACUCAUAAAGUGCUCCCUCAUCCAGACAGAGAUGACAUAAGCAUUAUCUGGAUGGCUGUUCCUGCAGCAGGUCUAGCUGGAAGCAUUCUACUUGUUCUGCAAAUCUGGAGACAACUGAAUAAAAAAGGAUUCUUUCAGCCCAAUCAGAUACACUGUUCAGAUUGUAAACAUGGUGCAAAAGAAAUUGUAUAAAGCUUAGAAACUGGACGAUCUCAUUACAGAUCAGUCAAAUGAAGAAGCCUUGACAUUUGCUGCAUUGUGGGAUGAACAUUUGCACUAUAAUACAACCAGAGAUGGAAAGCUAAUGUGAAGAGACUAAUUGAGUUGGUACAAAUCACUAGUUUUUGUAAUUUUUUU